UCAGUGUGCAAGUUGUUAUCACAGAUCGAGUUCGAGUGACGCGUGUUCGCUCGCUGGGUUGACCGUGUGUCGAGCUUGCUCGUGUGGUGGUGGUGUGAGUCUGUGAGUCGCGAAACCAUCGAGUGUGCUUCUCCCAAUUUCGCGUUGAUCUACCUCUACCCUCUACAAAAUGGUCCUCGAAAGUAGAUUUUUUCAAUGCCUGGACGGAUCGUUCUCCUGAGGUUAGAAAGUGCUGCCCUCUGUACUUUUGCGUAUUUUAUCGUAAAUGAUCUCCCCAACUUUUCAGUAGUGAAUUCAUGGUAAAUGAGAAGUUCAGAAAUGGCCGCUGCUCCGAAUGGUCGGACGAGUUCUGUGAAUAAUGUUCGAACUGAUAGUGAACAAGUUGUGGAUCGUUUAAAACUAUUGUAUCCCAUGGUGAAUGAAGAAGAAACUCCUUUGCCUCGAUCUUGGAGCCCUAAAGAUAAAUACAAUUACAUCGGAUUAUCCCAAAGCAACCUGAGAGUGCACUACAAAGGACAUGGCAAAAACCACAAAGAUGCAGCUAGCGUCCGCGCCACGCACCCUAUUCCUGCCGCCUGUGGACUGUACUAUUUUGAAGUUAAAAUUGUGAGCAAAGGCCGUGAUGGCUACAUGGGAAUCGGAUUGUCGGCUCAAGGUGUUAAUAUGAAUAGACUCCCAGGAUGGGAUAAACACUCAUAUGGUUACCAUGGCGAUGACGGACACUCAUUUUGCUCAUCAGGAACAGGUCAACCUUACGGUCCAACUUUCACAACAGGAGAUGUAAUUGGCUGUGGUGUCAAUCUCGUAGACAAUACCUGUUUUUAUACUAAAAAUGGCCACAAUUUAGGUGUAGCAUUUACUGAUCUACCUCCUAACUUAUAUCCUACAGUUGGAUUACAAACACCUGGAGAAGUUGUCGAUGCAAAUUUUGGCCAGUCUCCUUUUGUAUUUGACAUAGAAGAUAUGAUCAAACAGCUACAAACUCGAGUUAGACAAACUAUUUAUAAUUAUCCUGUGCCUGACACUUAUGGUACCUGGCAGACAGUCCUACAAAAAAUGGUAUCAACGUACCUGGUUCAUCAUGGUUACUGUGCAACAGCGGAAGCUUUUGCUCGAGGCUCUGGACAACCGUUCGAAGAAGAGAUUACAUCCAUAAAAAAUAGACAAAAAAUUCUGAAGCUAGUUUUAGCCGGUAGAAUGGGUGAAGCAAUCGAAACUACGAGUAGGCUGUAUCCAGGCCUAUUAGAAAGUAAUAGAAAUCUAAUGUUUUUACUCAAGUGCCGUCAGUUCGUCGAGAUGGUCAACGGCUCAGACUCAGAGGUGUGUUCACUUCCUCGUUGCACCAAAAGCGGAUCUAACUACCACUCACCAAAUUCAACACCUCCACGCAUAACUUCGCCUCCAAUUCCCACAUCAGUUAUCCAGUCAACCAAAGCCCUCAACGGCAACUCAAACAACAGAAACCACUGUGAUUCAGUAGAAGAAAUGAAUGCAGUCAACAAAAGUAUGAUGAACGGUGAUCAAAUGAUGGAUGGUGGAGGUGGAGGAAAGAAGGUAGAAGACGUGGACAUGAUCAUCCCUCCACCUAUUGAAAAGAACAGUUCGAAUGGGCAUGCCAACGGCUAUCAAAAUGGAGACACAGUUCACGAGAAUGGAAAUAGUGAUGAGCAAGCUUCAGAUAUGAUGGAAGUAGACACACCAAAUGCAGGAAACGGUGUGAAUAGUUGUAAAAAACAACUGUGCGGUGGAAGCAAGCCAGCAAUUGAGCGAAUGCUAGAAUUCGGCCGAGAACUAUAUAAUAUGAGUCUUCAGCUAAGGCAAGAACAAGGAAGAAACGAAACCAAUAAGAAAAUGUUGCAGGAUGCAUUUAGUCUUUUAGCAUAUGCAAAUCCUUGGAAUAGCCCUGUAGGCUGGCAGUUAGACCCUAUUCAGAGAGAAACUGUUUGUGCUGCUCUCAACUCUGCCAUUUUAGUUUCAUUGUUGUGUUCAGAAUCUAGCAGUUUACCGCGAAGACCUCCAUUAGAAGUAGAUGUGUGCCAUGCGAGACAACUGGUAGCGCUGAUGUCACGCUCUGAACUAGGCUCCUGUGCGUUUGCUAGUGUCGAUCAUUUACUCCGCCAGUCCUAAUGAUCUCUCAAUAAUGUCCGUGCUCUCGCCUUUUUAGUUAGCAGUCAACUAAACCAAUAUCACUACCAGUUGCGGAGUAGAAACCAAAAUGAAUUGGGAGUCUCAAGCAUCUACGAUCGUUUCCUUUUUUGUGUUACUCGCUCAACAAUGGAUGAGUCUGCGACGCACAUUCAUCUCUGUAGGACAGUGAAUUUCCUGUCUCGCAAGUCUUCAGUCGUCUUUAAGUACUGAUCGAUAAACAAGCUCUCACAAAUCAACUUUUAUUUUAUAAUUUUGAUUGUAUAAAUUAUUACUCUGGGCUUUUUAUAUUUUAAUUUUCUGUACGUUACACAUGAUCACCAUAGAUGAAUCAAUUAUAAAUCAUUUUAUUUUAUGUCUCUUUAUUUUGAUUUCGGAUUCAACCUCAACGCAUCAAAGUCAAGUUCCUCUGUUGUGUUAAAACCUAACAGUACCGAAACCCGUUUCGCCCACAAUUUGAGUUAUUUCGAGUUCUUAUCUUCAAGUCAAGCAUCAUUAAUGACGUGCCAAACCUUCCUAUGAAGAAAGAAUCUUGGCGUCUCCGUAAAUGGAGGGAAAAUUUCUUUGAAAAAUGUUUGGUUGAGAUAACAUCUGAAAAUGCUUGUAGUGUCGAUCAACCUCCUAAUUUUUUACAUUCCCUCCGCAAAAAUUUGCCGCUGCAAGUAAUGUCUAAGUUAAUGCCAAGGCUCUCCUCCAUCUGUGAUAUUAGACAGUUUUGCUGACUGUUUCGGAGGAGUCUCCAGGGGUUAUGUCUUACAGGAACCUUCUAAUUUUGGGUGACUAAUCGAAUAUCCAGAUUGAAUGUUUGUAGCAUAUCAUUUAACCUGUAGCUUAUUAGUGCUAAAUCAAUCUGAAAACAGAACUUUGAGAAGAAGCAAAUUUUUUUGGCUGAAAUUCAAAAUAUUCAAGAUGUGAGCUUUUUGUCUAGACAUCAGUGCUUCCAUUAUUUAUACUUAUCCGAUCGUGAAUGACAAUCUAAAACAUUAUUUUCCAGUGAGUCCUGCGAAUUGUGGGUAGAUAUUUUUCCCUUAUCUAUUUUCACAGAAACUCUAAAACUACGCAGAGUAAUUUCAUGUUUACCUUGUAGUAAUCAAAUCAAAAAAUAAUAUAAACAGCCAAGUCUUUAGUUGGUGUUUGAUAGGAUCAUUUUCUGCUAGUCUGACGUUUUACCUCCUUAUUAGUCGUAGGUUUACGUUUCGACAUAACCCUGUGAUAUCAUCACACAGAAUUUUUUAAUUGAAGAAGCAAAUUAAACGCCCAGAUGUCUUUGGGAGUAAGUCCCAAACUACUUAAAUAUGACUUCUGUCAUUGACUCUUAAUUUAAAGGCCCAGGAAAUUCAGUGUUGUCGAAGCAAGUGAAUGCCUAACUACUGUAAAUAGUGUACAUUGAAUUGAAUUCUAAGUAUAAGAUUUAACGAUUUUGAAACCGAACAUGUUUCAAUUUUUAAUAAAUGUUGAGAUUUUCUAGCACCUUGGUUUCUUUUCUCAUUUUCUUUAAGUUCGUUUCGCUUAGAUUGAAAUCUAAAUUUACUAUUUUUUUAAAGCCCCCAAUUAAUAUUUUUCGGAAUGAAUUUACUUUCCGCAAUUUCGUUGAAAACUUUGUCUCUCAGUUCUUUUCAGUAGAAGCUUGGAUUUAGAUCGCCUGGUUCCAGAAAGCAUUAAUCAUUCAAAUCUCUUUACCCCAGUUAUUUUUCUUGUUCAAAUCAUCUUUUUUGAUCUUGAAAUUAUUUCAUCCAGUUUUGCCUCUUUCGUUACAGUGAAUCAUUAAAUCAGAAAAGCAUUUGCUCUAGUCCUUUGGCUUAUCUCCAAGCAACUGAUAAAAUAGAAGACACUAGAUCACAGAGCUAAAUCUUAUAAAUUUUUUUAUUCCAAGCGGAGAAGCACUUUACAAAACGGUUCUGAACCCUUGUCAACACUACUUUGGCACACGAGGGCUUCCAUAAAUUUUUCAAGACAAUUGUUCGACCCUCUCUUUUGUGUAGGGUUUCCAUAUUUCUAUCUGUGAGCUGUAAAACCUAGCAGGAAUCUUAUUGGUGUGAUUCACAAGUCAUGAAUGCCCAUUCGCCAUUGUGAUCAAACCGUUUAGUAAUUCUGAAAUAAAGCCUGAAACUGAACUUUGCUGAGUAAGUAGAGUAAGAUGAUACCUUACUUUGACCGUUUUUGACAUGCUUUCAGCUUCGGUUAAAUACUUAAUGAGAAAGCCCGUUACUAUUCUCAAUUAUAGGCACCUUCAGAAUUAUUGGAAAGAGGGGAAAUGACAAGAUAUUCCCUUCAAAUGUCUAAAUAUGCUUUUAAUAUUUUUAUCUCGGUAUUACUACACCUAUUAUUGCAUUAAAUGAUGCUUAGAAUUAAAAACCAUCAGUCUAAUUGUCAACCAAUUUUGAAGGUAAGGGUGUUAUUUUUGGGAUGUUUUUCAGUACAUCUUUUAAAUAUUUAAUUUUGGCUGAAUGUAAAAAAAUCCGGUUUUUUUUCCUUCUUAUUUAAAUUGAAUCUGUUUCAAGUGGUCAUUGACGUCCAUUGAAAUUAAAGUUUGAGACAGAGCAAUAUCUACUUUGAUCCAAAGGUUUUUCCUCAUUAACUGGAACCAAUUAAGAUGAAUGUGCCUCCAUCACUUUAUCAACUACCUAAAGUUUUAUGAAUAGUAAUUUAGGUCUUUCUCAUUUAGUAUAAAAUAUUUAGAUCAGCAUAAUUGGCUAAGAACAAUCUCAAAGCGUUGCCUCCAUUGUAAGGAAAUUCUAUCAACUGGUAAUUUUGGCCCUGUCUCACUGGAUCAUAUUUUAAGAUGUUUGAAAAAGUAAUUGUAUAGGAAUAGAUUUACAUAGUAAAUAUUUUCUGUAAGUAUAGGGAGCCUAGAUUUUGUUAGUCUGUGCUAAUUUUUGAUGUUGUUUUCGGAGGCUGAGAUCCGACAAAAAAGGAGCAAGGAAACAUGUAUCUGUUGUACAAAAUGUGGGAUUGUAUCAUAUCGUAAAGGUGUAAAAAGAAAUAUGUAAAUGUGUCCUGAAGUCUGUUAUAAGCCUCAUAAAUUUUUGUCUCUCAAAUAUUUUGAGCGUUUUGUAGGUUUGGAAGUAGAAAUCAAUUUACCCUGUCGAUUUUUUGGGAAUUUUUUGCGUCUUGCCAUUUUUGAACCAUUGAUCUGCCAGCUGCUUUUUGCAAUAAGGGUGUCCGCCUUACUAUUCAAGAAUUGAUCAUCUUGACCGAUCGAAUUCAUUAACAGAUUCGUAAUGAUAAAGUUGAGCUUUCAGUCUCCUUUUUUUCUGACAGUGCUAGCUGGGAUACCACAGUUCAAUGAAUAUCAUAGGUUAAAUGCAUUAAAAAGUAACAAUGUCAAUCGGAAACUCUUCUUAAAAAUGAUGUUAAUCAAAGAUAAAAUGUGAGAUAUGGCUCUGCAAAUUUGCCCAUCAAUACUCUUCAUUCAAUUCAACCUGUGUAUCUACAGGGUGAUCCAAGAGCUCUGCACCAUGCACCCCUGUAACCUCUAAGGUUUUUGGGGUUUUUUCUAAAUUUUUGGGGGCCACAAUAGUCAUUACCUUCGACCAAGGAGCCCUUGCACUAUUUUAAGCUUCCAUCCCAAUUAAUUCGGAAGUUAAAGGGGUGAUGCGUGGUGUUGAUGGUACGUGACUUUUGAAUCAUCCUGUGUAGUUCCGCUAAUAAUCAUUAAAGCAACAACACAUUAGGAACCAGAUUUACUUCCAAUAAUUCCUGUAUGAAUAUGAAGACAAAUCUUUUGUAAUCAGGUCAUUUAUAUAAUCAUCGUUUCAAAAAUAUAACUAUUAUUAUGAA